GAAAUAAUGGACUGGUUACAGAGAGGUUGUAGUUCCAGGGUAGCGUGCCUGAGUGCUGCCUAAACACUGCAAGAGAAACUAAGAAGACAUGAGGACUAGAAGAGCCUUGAAUACACCCUAUCCAGAGUGCUGAAUGGGCGCUUGCAGGCCUGUUCAAGUCCCGGACAAAGAUCAGACCGAGAGUCCUUUGGAGGCAAGUUCCCUGGCAAGGGAAAAGGAGGGGUUUCUAAAACUCGGUUGUCACUUCUUCAAGGUUUGGGGUUUGAAGUGUUUGGUUUGUGGCCUUUUGCUUUCCCUCUCCAGGAAUUUAGGGUCGUGGCCACCCCGGGCUUAACUCUCUCUCAGCGGUGACUCAGAGAAAAGGAUGGGGAAGUGGAAAGGAGAGCUGGGCUUACCCACAUUUACCCUCCUCCCCUAGUGUGAGGGAGGAGGAGCUGCGCCCGCCCGCACGCCCGCCCGCACGCACCCUUUAUAAGGAGGGUCCUCAACUUGCAGCUCUGCCGGCUCCACUUUCUCUGACAACGCCCUGCAGCAUCCUCAGACCCGUUCCCCGCCGGUGUCAGCAUCUCCAGGCUCUUGUGCUCUCCCGCAGCAAAGUCAUGUCCUCCAGCAGCCGAGUAGCCGUGGUGACGGGGAGUAACAAGGGCAUCGGCUUCGCCAUCGUGCGCGAUCUGUGCCAGAAGUUCUCGGGAGAUGUGAUUCUCACGUCCCGGGACCCGACGCGGGGCCAGGAGGCUGUGAAGGAGCUGCAGGAAGAGGGACUCAACCCGAUUUUCCACCAGCUGGACAUCGAUGACCCGCAGAGCAUCCGGACCCUGCGGGAUUUUCUCAAGGAGCGCUACGGGGGUGUGGACGUGCUGGUUAACAAUGCGGGAAUCGCCUUCAAAGUCACUGAUACCACACCUUUUCCUAUUCAAGCUGAAGUGACCAUGAAAACCAACUUUUUUGGCAUCAAAGCUGUAUCUGCAGAAUUACUGCCUUUAGUAAAACCUGGAGGCAGAGUGGUGAACAUCUCUAGCAUGAUGAGCUUACGUGCUCUUGAAGGCUGCAGCCCAGAACUACAGCAGAAGUUUCGCAGUGACACAAUCACAGAGGAAGAGCUGGUGAGGCUCAUGGAAAAGUUUGUGGAGGAUGCAAAGAAAGGAGUGCAUCAGAAGGAAGGUUGGUCCAACAGUGCUUAUGGAGUGACCAAGAUUGGAGUCACUGUGUUGUCUAGAAUCCAUGCCAGGCAGCUGAAUGAGCAAAGGAAAGGUGAUAAGAUUCUUCUGAAUGCCUGCUGCCCAGGAUGGGUGAGAACUGACAUGGCGGGGCCCAAGGCUACCAAGAGUCCAGAAGAAGGAGCUGAAACCCCAGUUUAUUUGGCUCUUUUGCCCCCAGAUGCUACAGAACCUCACGGCCAGUUUGUCAUGGAGAAAAGGGUUGAAAAAUGGUAAACUUCGUUUGUGAAUCCAUUCUAGUAAUACUAGAAUGAUAAGUAUCCUGGAGUUGAUUUAAAAGUAUAUUUAGAAAGAAAUAAAAAUAAGGGUAUAUUUUCGGUUGCCUACUGAUUACAUGAUAGAUUGUACAAUGACUAAAUAUCUGUAAUGUUGUUGGGAAAAACACAAAAUUGAGAUUGCUUAAAUGGAAUAAAAGAUUUUCAAAAAACUAGAAAGAAAUUAUUAAA